AAUUGAUGUCUUCCUGAGGAGAAACCCCUGCUCUUAAAGCCUUGUAGGAGUUAGGGGAUGAUGCCCUUAUUGCUUAUUAGCACCAAUGUCCUGCCCCUGCCUCCUUCCAGCAACAGGCAGAAGGGGCUCCUGCAGACCGGCUUCUGUCUGAUGGCUCUGAUGUGUUUGGGCUCCGGGGUUUUCUUGUACGGCCACCUGGAGCAGAAGGUGCGGGACGCCGAAGCCCUGGCGCAGAAGUACAAGCAGCAGCAGGAAGCGCUGUCUGCCCAGCUCCAAGUUGUGUAUGAGCACAGAUCCAGGCUGGAGCGAUCCCUGCAGAAGGAGAGAGGGGAGCACAAGAAGACCAAGGAAGAUUUUUUAGUGUAUAAAUUAGAAGCUCAGGAAGCUCUCAACAAGGAGAAGCAAGAUUCAAUGAACAGAUACGGGGCCCUCAGUUCUCAGCACAAGAUCCUGAAGAACCAGCAUGAAGAUGUCAAGAAGCAGCUGCUUGACCUGCAGCUACAGCAUAACAGUUUGAAAUUAGAACAUCGUAAAGCAGUAGAGACCCACAACCAGAAAUAUGCCCAGCUGCAACAGGAGAAGGACAGCAAAGUCACAAACUUGCAGGAUACAAUCUUUAAACUCAAAGAAGAGAGCAAGCUUCUUCGGAAGGCCCAUCACGAAGUUCACUCUCAGCUUCUUAGCUCCCAGGCCCAGCUGGAGGAGUUCAGGCAGUUCAAGGAAGUGCUGCAGAAGAUGCCGAGCUUCAAAGAAGCAGGAGCUGGGAAGGGGCAGGAGCAGCUGAAGGAGCCGCCUCCGGUACCAGGCAGCAGCCCAUUGCAGCAUGGGCUGCAGAAGGCUUUCUCGGUCCAUCGGGAGAAUCUCCUCGCUAGGAACCAUCUGGGAGCUCAGGUCUCCAGGCCUUUGCUGCAGGGCCGGGACUUGCCCAGCAGCGCCAGCUCGAGGCCACAGCGUGACGAGCUCCUCACCCCGGUAGCCCCAGAGCGCAGCGCUGCACCCGCCUGGCCCCCGCGCCCCAGGGAGGCCCCUGUCAUCCGCUUCACCCGUACCGUGAACAGCUUUCCCAAUGGGAAUCCAGAUGUAAAGAUGAUGCUGCGUGUUCAGGGGAAAAGCAGUGAGGAAAGCCAGUCUCCCCAACUGGAACUGUCUGAUCUGAAACACCCAUCUGCAUCGGAAAAGACUCGGAUGCCAGACAGCCACCCCCUGACAGGGAGCAAACGGCUCCAAGUACAAAGUUGGCAAGACAUAGUGAACAAAGUGAAUGCCCAGUUGGAUGAGGAACAAGUAAAUGGUUACCAAAAGAGCCUUCAUUUUGACCCUGGGCCUGGGGAAGAGAUGAGGAAUGGCAGCCCCCAGCUGCCCAACUGGAAACGGRAUGCAGAGCUUCAAAAAACUGCUCAGGAAGAUGCAGGAAUGAUUGAGAGAGAGGAGAAUGUGCAUUCUCAGAAAGAGGCUGUAGACCAAGAACCAGUGAUGCCAGAAGAUGCUCCAGACCCUGCCCAAGAUCCAAAUAACCAAGGUGAAGAUGAGUUUGAAGAAGCUGAGCUGGAAAGACCACAUUUGAAGGAGAAGGAGGAAGGUUUGGAGAAAUUCAAGGAGCCCAGAAUGAAAGAAGAGUCUGAGGAGAAGCCACCAAAGGAUACUGGCAGACCUGUGAAGGGAAAGGAAGGCCCUAUGGAUGACUACCAAGAAGAUCAGGAACAAGAAAUUGAGGAUCAUGGAGGUGAGGUGGACAACAAUGAUGACCUGGAAUUUGUUCAAGAGCAGAAGGACCAUGCAGGCAUCCAGGGAGCUGAUGGCAAGAAGGACAACUACUACUGAGAGAUGCUCAAGAGAGGCGGAACAUGUUGGAGUGAGGGGACAACUUAGAGGGGAACUCCUCCAUGGAGCUGGCUCCAGGGUUAACGCUGUCCAGAACAGGCAAGCAGGAGGAGGUGGCUGAGGAGGUGGCUGAGCAGGUGGCGGGGGAUGUGCGUUGUGGCUACACGUGGCGGGACAUCCCUCUGUCUCCGGACAUGGUAGGAAAGCGUUCUCAGAGCAUAGGAAUGGCUUCAUCCUGCUGCUGCUGCCAGGAGCACUUCUUAAUUCAUUUUCUUCUCCCUCUUCUCCUCUUCCCCUCACAGCUGAGAAGAGUUUCUUAUUUUUGACUACAUGUGCAGGGAUUCAGUACUCUGAAAGCAGGGCUGCUGGAACUGGUCCCUGUACUUAACUGACUGGUCGCUAGUACUGAGGGAUCUGUCCUCAUAAAAUAUUUUGUUCAAUGUUCUUUUUCUUCUAAAGCAACCUUUGCUUCCAUUGGAGUAGGAUGGAGAGGAGAGCGGCCUGACUGAUGUCCAGAAUCACGUAAGGGUUAUAGCAACCAUGAGCACCAGUAAAAGACCGUGUGCCAGCAGGAGUGUGUGUGCACUUGUGACUGGAUCCUUUUCCAGGUUUGGAAACCUUUCCCAGUCAUUCUAUAGAUCUCUCCUUUCCUGGGCUUUACAUUUAUGACUGUCCUGCCAGAUCAGACUGAGGGCUCAGAGCCUCCCUGUCCAAGACCGUCUUGAUGCUGUUGUACCCUGGGCUCUAGUAGUUGUGAAUUGGCCUGAGCUGAGCUUUUCUGGGAUGGGCUGGAAGAUUCCCAAACAUCUGUGAGCUUGCAGCACCCUCUGCAGGUGCUCCAGCCCAUGAUGCUCAAGUUUCCCUCUGGGUUCAGGGGACACUAAUCCCAGAGGAAGAACAUCCUAGGAUGUGGACUAAGAGCCCAGCGCUGUGCUGGCCUCGGUGCUGGAAUCAAUGAAGAAUUUCAUGGCACAGCUGCCAGUGUGAUCAUCUAUUGUUUAGGUGGAUACUUCAAGCAGAUCAUGGACAAGUUUGGGAAGGGUCAGACCAAUCUACUGCCUAGCAAUAAAAGACUUAAACACAAGCAGCAGGAUGGCAGCAGGCACCUAUCUGUGAUGGGGUGAAUUUUACAAAAAAUCCACAUCUAAAGAGCGGCAGCAUCUCAGAAGAGCUGUCCCUCUUCUCCUCAAGAUCUGUGAGGUGUUUUUUUCUUCCUGGGAUUCUAAUGGAGCUUGAAAUGAAAAUGCCAUAGGAUUUUUCAGGUUGGUUGUUUCUGAGUUGUUGUUUAAUCCUCUUUGUCUUAUGAGCAUCAUCAAUCAUGCAAGCCAAACUCUGGGCAGGCUGGAGCAGAUGAUGCAGUUGCCUUCCUGCUCGCCUGGCUCAGAAGCAGCCAGAGCUCUCCUUUCCCACAUGCUGCCCCUUGUCAGAGCUGCGGCCUCCGGCCAGCAGGAUGAUAACGAUGGAUAUCGAGCCCAGCAGCAUUGUCCUAUUUGCACAUCCCAGGCAUGAUCUGCUGCUGUGCAGUGGGUCGCUGCUGUGCACACUGGACCAGCUGUGAAAUCUGUUUUGAAACCCUCCUGAGAACACGGUGCCUUACGGGUGACUCUUGAUGCUGGGAUGUGGCCGUGCCGGGCGUCAGGCUCUGCUAGCCAAGCAUCGUGUCCUUGUGGCGUCCACCUCGGGAGCGCAUGAAGGGGCACACUGUGAAACUAUUAAUAGGCGGAAGACAUCUGAUGUGACUUGAAAUAGGUAAUGAUGCAUUAGGGUUGCAUUGUGCAACUGUUCAGUCUCUGCUGCCUGCUAUAAAUGGCCCUGUCAGGGUAAGAUUAGCUGGAGGUGCAGUUCUCUGUCCAGAUGCAUCCUAAUCAAAAAUGCCUGCAGUUCCCAGCUGGCAGGGUAGGAUGUCUCUGUUUCACAGCUUUGUGUAGGACCAGGAACCAAUAUGGCCUGUGGCAGGAGUUUGGAUCUGUGUGACCAGGCUGCCCUGCUGAGACUCACAGCAGACUCGUCUGCCUGCUGGUUUUGCUCCCUCUCCUUUUCCAUGCUCAUCUUAGCCUGUGAGCAUGAGCUGGAAUAAGUAGGUUCAGACCUUGCUGCAAGUGAACCAAGUGCUGCAAAGAGGCCUCCAGCGGGGAUGAGGCUGCAUGAUGAUUCGGAGAGACUGGGAGCUGUCUAAAUUAGGCAAAUUCUCAGCUUUUGCAUGUCUGUGAUGAGUAAUCUUUGGAAAUAUAGCUUGGAGGCAACUAUAGCAACUCAACCCUGAACACAAAGCUCCCUGCAAGGAGAAAGCUUUAGUGACCAUAUGCUGCAUGCCACCCAGAGCCGGGAGUUGAGCAUUUCUGCUCCGUAGAUGUUCUGCCUUGGCUCUCUCCAAGGCUAAAACUAGCACAGUGCUGCACAGAUCAUGGGUGGUCAGGAUCAAUUGACUGGAUUACAGCAAGUUGUCCCCGUUUCAACGCUAGUUCAAUGUUUCCUCUAGCAGGGGAUGGAAUAGGAAGCAAUAUAUACAGUAGAGGAGAACCAGAAAAGCAGCAAACCUGUGUUGUUGGCCUGAGGGCCUCUAAAGCACAGUGGGCUGUUGCUGAUUUUGUUACACUAGCUGUGGGCUGGCUGCUUCAAGUGGAUGAUGGAGAGUUGGCCAAGGAGCUGAUGGAGAGUUGGCCAAGGAGCUAACAGAUGGAGCAGCACUGCAGGGAAGCCCAGGCUGAGUUUUGCAGCAGACUUGGGCAUCUGAGGGAACAGUUGGGUUACCAAGAAAACAAACAAUGAGACAAAGUCCUCAAGAAGUUGGUGCUGGCAGGUUGACCAGGCCAGAGCAUGGGGUUCUGCUUGUGUCUCACACUGAGGCCUUGUCUUCUGCCUGGAGACACAAUGCGAGGCCAAAGGAUGCAACAGAAACACGCUCUUUUUCUUUAGGACCCAAUAACAUGCAGAUUAGAUCUCUGUAAACAACUACAUUUCCAGAGUUCACACGAUGUAAAGCGUUGUGGUUUC